CAAACCCACCUUCAUUCACUCACUCAAAAAACAAAAACAAAUCACACAGAAAAAAGCUUAAAAAAUUUACAACAAUGGCGAGAACAAAGCAAACAGCGCGAAAAUCAACCGGAGGAAAAGCGCCAAGAAAGCAAUUAGCAACAAAAGCUGCUCGUAAAUCAGCUCCGGCGACCGGAGGAGUGAAAAAACCCCAUAGAUUCCGGCCAGGAACUGUGGCAUUGCGAGAGAUUCGGAAGUAUCAGAAGAGUACUGAGCUUCUUAUAAGGAAACUUCCAUUUCAGAGGUUAGUGAGAGAAAUUGCGCAAGAUUUUAAAACUGAUCUUCGAUUUCAGAGCUCUGCUGUUGCUGCUCUUCAAGAAGCUGCUGAAGCUUAUCUUGUUGGAUUGUUUGAGGAUACUAAUUUGUGUGCGAUUCAUGCUAAGAGAGUUACGAUUAUGCCUAAAGAUAUUCAGCUUGCUAGGAGGAUUCGAGGAGAACGAGCUUAAUUUUUAGGUUUUAUUUUGGAAUUUCGAUCUUGUAAUUUUGGGGAUUUAGAAUGUUGGAUCUUGUGUAUGUAAUUGGAAAUCUGGAAUGAAGUGUUGUGUUUUGGUUGAA